AUGGUUGCGAUUUUUCAUGAUAUAAUCGAGGAUUCUAUGGAGGUUUUCAUGGAUGACUUUUCGGUAUUUGGAGAUUCCUUCGAUCGUUGUUUGGAAAAUUUGAAGAAGAUGCAGAAGAGGUGCGAAGAGACGAAUCUUGUCCUAAACUGGGAGAAGUGCCACUUCAUGGUAAGGGAAGGCAUAGUUUUAGGACACAAGAUUUCGCGUGCUGGUAUGGAGGUCGAUCCAGCUAAAGUGGACAUUAUCUCACGACUUCCACCGCCCACCUCUAUGAGAGCGAUUCGGAGCUUUCUUGGUCAUGCGGGGUUCUACAGGCGAUUCAUUAAGGAUUUUUCAAAGAUCUCUAGGCCCAUGACCCCCAUCAGAUAUCUUUUCAGCAAACAGGACGCCGAACCGCGUCUCAUUAGAUGGAUCUUAUUGCUGCAGGAAUUUGAUAUCGAAAUUCAAGACAAAAAGGGUGCGUUGAAUGUAGCGGCUGACCAUCUUUCUCGGUUGGAGCAUGGAGACGUCAAGGACACGCGUUGGGAUUCAAUCAAUGACAAUUUCCCACAUGAGUCGUUGAUGAGUGUUGAGAUAUGCGAUGAGUCGCCUUGGUUCGCCAACUUUGCGAACUAUCUUGCUUGUGGGAUUCUCAUAAAGGGAUUGACUCACCAACAAAAGAGAAAAUUCUUUUCGGACGUCAAGCACUACAUUUGGGAUGACCCUUACUUGUUUAGGGUUGGUGCUGAUUAG